CCUCGGCUGUAGUACCUAUACGAUGACGCCAGCAAGCGAAUCGAACAGCCUCAUUAAGUCAUUCGCUAUGGCAUUGUCCCAGGUCCACUUCGUUCCUAAAUCGCUUUUCUACAGUCACAAUGCCGACUCAUUCUCCGUUCCAAAUAGACAUUCCUCAGACUGAUCUACUUACCUACUUAUUCCCGCCAUCUCGACCUAUUUCCAAUGAACCAAUAUGGAUUGAUGCAGACGAUACCCAGAAUUCGCUUUCUCCAAAACAACUGCUGGGAUGGGUGAAGAGACUUGGGCUUGGGCUUCAGGAACUCGGGUUAGAAAGGCAGGAUGUGGUUAUGAUGUUUUCGACUAACCAUAUCUUUGUGCCCGUUGCUUACUUUGGAAUCUCAGCAGCGGGGUGUAUAUACAGUGGAUGCAAUCCUGCUUAUGGCGUUGAAGAAACCGUCUUUCAGAUACAAAACACAACUUGCAAGGCAAUCUUGGUUGAGCCAGCCCUUCUCCCUUCUUUACUCGCCGCAGCAUCAAAAACCAAGUUCCCGCGGAACCGGAUUUUCUUAUUCGCAGAUAAGCAAACGGGUACAAUCGACGGCAUCGAAGAUUGGCGAACCAUCCUCCCUCCCGCAUCCAAAGCCGAAACCUGGACAUGGAACACACUCAGCCCACAACAAUCGCGCACCACCGUCGCCGCCCUCAACUACUCAUCAGGAACAACCGGUCUACCAAAAGGAGUGAUGAUCAGCCACCAAAAUGUAAUCGCCAACGUCGAGCAAAGCAUCUUCAUGCGCGACCUAGAACAGUCGUAUAACCCAGACUCUAGACCUCAGGAACGGUGGCUCGGGUUCCUGCCUUUGUAUCACGCGUACGGGCAAUUGUGGUCGAUUGUCGCUGCUGCACGAACGUUGAGCCCGUGCUAUUUCAUGCGAUCGUUCAACUAUGUCAGAUUCCUGGAGAAUAUCCAGAAUCAUCGCAUCACGCAUAUUCAAACGGCACCGCCAGUGCUAGUCAUGCUAGCGAAGCGGCCGGAAACUAGCAGGUACGAUCUGUCGUCUCUUCGGAACAUACUUUGCGGCGCAGCGCCCCUCUCCAAAGAACUCCAAAACGAAGUGUCGGCGAAAUGCGAUCUGAAGGUCGUGCAGACGUGGGGCAUGACGGAGGUUACCUGCUCGUCUCUGCAUGUACCGGGUGGGCGGGACGACCGAUCGGGGUCUGUGGGGUAUAUCGAUCCCAACGCGACGAUGAAGCUCAUCGAUGACGAGGGGCGCGAAGUCGGUGUAGGCGAAAGAGGAGAGGUUCACGUCAAAGGUCCGAACGUGUGUAUGGGGUACUGGCGAAACGAAAAAGCGACGCAGGAAACAUUCGACGAUGAGGGAUUUUUAAAAACAGGGGAUAUCGCUAUCAGAGACGAAAACGGCUUAUUCUGGAUCGUAGACCGGAAGAAAGAGUUGAUCAAAGUGAAGGGGUUUCAGGUUGCGCCUGCAGAGCUCGAGGCUUUGCUGCUGGAACAUGAGCACGUGGCGGAUGCGGCUGUCUGUGCGCUACAACUUGAGCACGAGGAGCUCCCGCGUGCGUACGUUGCACUGAAGACGGAACACAAACGUGAGUCAUCUGAAUGGGAUAUUCAAAAGUGGGUCGCUGGACGCGUGGCAAAACACAAGCAGCUUUCGGGUGGCGUCGUGUUCAUUGAUGAAGUUCCGAAGUCUCCAAGUGGUAAGAUUCAACGAAAAGUGCUGAGGGAGUGGGCGAAGCAGGAUGCAGAAAAUUGGAGGAGGCGGCAAGAAGGUUCUAAGCUGUAG